UCUGUAACAGAAAAUAUUGGGUUACAUUUUUUAUAUAAGUAGUACCAUAAUUAGUUACUCGUCAAAUCUCCUUGUUACGAGAAGUUUAAUUGGUUAAAACACAGCUCCCCCUCGCCGGCCACCGAUCUACUAUUUUUCUCUACGCAGAGGAACCAUGGGCGCAGGUUUCAUCGUCGGUAUUCUCGGAAUUCUGAUUCUCUCACACGCAGCCUACUCCACUAUCCAGUACAGGUCCUUGCUGAAGAUCACUGAUGAGCAGUUCUCUGGUCCUCCCUGCAGUGUGGUGAUGGAGUUGAUUGCAGGGUUAGUGCUAUGCAUGUGGGCUGCUUUAACUGUGCCCGGAAAGUUCCUGUCGAUACUUCCCCAGUCAGAUGAGAACCGGUACACAAUUUUUUCUGUCUUUUUAUAAUUUUAUUAUUUAGCAAGCUAAAUUGAAAUGUAUAGUAAGAAUUAUUAUUUUGAGAAUAUUCAAAAUCCAGCUUGGUACAGC